GUCCCUCUGUCCAGCGUCCCCCCACCUAUGUGCACUCUCCCUCCGCCUCCUCCUUCUGUGUGCCUGCGCAGGAGCUGUGGUUUCAGAAAAAAGUCCCGCAGCGCUGAGAGGCGCCUGGUGCGAGUGAGAGACCGUGAGAGCCACUGCCAGUGAAAGGACCCCAGCUGUAGCAUGUGUACACAGUCCCGGUAAAUGGAACCGUGCAUGAGGAGGAUGGCUCGGGGGCUGCUGCUCCUGGCAGCCCUGGUUACCCUUCCAGGGUCUUGGUGUCUUAGCGACCUGUUAUUUGUGAAAGAACCUGUGGAUGUAGUAGUUUCUCGGAAGGAUGCAGUGGUUUUAGAUUGUCAGGCUCGCGGAGAACGUCCAGUCACAGUUGUGUGGAUGAAAAAUGGAGCAAAGAUUGUGGAGAAUGAACGGAUCUCGACUUUGUACAAUGGGUCCUUGUACAUCCAAGAGGUGGAGGGAAGGAAAGGAGAGCCGUCUGAUGAAGGAUUUUACCAGUGCUUAGCUCUGAACAAAUAUGGUGCCAUUUUAAGUCAAAGGGCUCAUCUUUCAUUAGCAAGUAUGUCUGCCUUUGAAGAGCAACCAGUUUCGAUGGAGGUUCAAGAGGGAGGAGUGGCUCGAUUCUCCUGCAAAAUAACCGCAAACCCCUCAGCGGUCAUUACUUGGGAGGUAAACCGCACAGCUCUGCCUCUUGCCAUGGACAGGAUUACUGUUUUACCAAAAGGAGUUCUGCAGAUCUAUGGUGUCACUAAGAAGGAUGCUGGAAAUUACCGAUGCAUAGCCACUACUGUUUCAAAUAGACGGAAGAGUGCUGAUGCCAUGUUGACUAUUGUACCAGCCACACAGGUGACGUCUAUCCAAAAACCUGUUAUCAUAGCAGCUCCACAGAAUACAACUACCUCCCUGCAUCAGUCUGUUACCCUGGAAUGUUUGGCUACAGGAAACCCUAAACCUAUAGUGUCUUGGAGCAGGCUGGACCAAAAACCCAUUGACGUCUUCAACACAAGAGUGCUGGGAACUGGAAAUCUUGUUAUAUCUGAUGUAAAACUACAGCAUUCUGGGGUCUACAUCUGCAAAGCGUCCACCCCAGGAACUCGCAACUUCACUGUGGCAAUGGCUAACGUCAUAGUGUUUGCGCCUCCAUCAUUUAUUGAACUUCCAGAAACCUUGACAAGGCCACGUGCGGGAACGGCUCGUUUUGUAUGUCAGGCUGAAGGGAUCCCAAUGCCAAAAAUCUCCUGGCUCAAGAAUGGCAGAAAGAUACAUUCUAAUGGAAGAAUAAAAAUGUACAACAGUAAACUGGUAAUUAAUCAGAUCAUUCCUGAAGAUGAUGCAGUAUAUCAGUGCAUGGCAGAAAAUAGUCGGGGCUCUGUCCUUUCUCGAGCAAGGCUGAUAGUAGUGAUGUCUGAAGACAGACCCAGUGCUCCACGUCACCUCCAAGCUGAAACAAUGUCCAGUUCAGCUAUUAUACUGUCGUGGGAAAGGCCCCUCUACAACUCGCAAAAAGUAAUUGCUUAUUCUGUGCAUUACAUGAAGGCGGAAGGUAUAAAUAAUGAGGAAUAUCAAGUGGUAAUAGGCAAUGACACAAAUCAUUACAUUAUUGAUGACUUGGAACCUGCCAGCAACUACACAUUUUAUAUUGUAGCCUAUAUGCCAAUGGGUGCAAGCCAGAUGUCUGAUCAUAUAACACAGAACACACUGGAGGAUGUUCCAUUGCGGGCACCAGAAAUCAGUCUAACAAGCCGAAGUCCCACAGAUGUUCUUAUCUCAUGGCUUCCCAUCCAACCCAAAUUUCGUAGAGGAAAAAUUACCCUUUACCGGUUAUCAUUUAGAAUGAGCACGGAGAGCUCCGUCCAAGUUCUUGAACUUCCAGGCACAACGCAUGAGUAUUACCUAGAGGGCCUGAAACCAGAUAGUGUCUACCUGGUUCGUAUUGCAGCAGCAACAAACGUGGGGUGGGGAGAAUCCUCAGUCUGGACAUCUCACAGGACACCCAAAGUCAGCAGCAUAAGAGCACCAAGGUCUCCAGAGUUACGUUUGGAUCCCUUGAACUGCACAACGAUAGCUGUGAGAUGGCAACAGGAUCCCGAGGAUACAGCAACCAUACAGGGUUACAAGCUGUACUAUAAGCAGGAAGGGCAGCCAGAAAGCGGACCUAUACUGCUAGAUGUGAAACACUGUGAUUAUAACAUUGGGGGAUUAGAUCCCAGGAGAAAGUACCAUGUGAGGUUGCUUGCUUUUAACAAUAUGGAUGAAGGUUAUCAAGCGGACCAAACAGUCAGCACACCAAUUUGUGUUUCUGUCCCUGAUCACAUGAUACCCCCUCCUCCGCCUCCUCACCAUCUGUAUGCCAAUGCAAACAGCUCUUCUGCUAUCUACCUACACUGGGGGCGACCUGCAUUCUCCUCUGGACAGGCGAUAAACUAUACCGUGCGCUGCAAUCCCGUGGGCCUGCAGAAUGCUUCCUUAGUGAGCUAUCUCCAAACGUCAGAGCCUCAUAUUUUAGUUCAGGAUCUUGACGCAAAUACCAAGUAUGAGUUUGCUGUAAGGCUGCAUGUGGACCAGUUGUCAAGUCCCUGGAGUCCUGUGGUUUACCAUUCCACCCUUCGAGAAGCCCCCACGAGUCCACCCGUGGGUAUCAAGGUGACACUGAUUGAGGAAAAUACUGCUUUGGUCUCCUGGAAACCACCUGAGAACUUGGAUUCUGUUGUCAUCCGUUACACAAUACUCUAUGCAUCUAGAAAAGACUGGGCGGCUGGCGAGUGGCAGAUCAUGCAGAGAGAUGGGGCAAUUACCAUGGCAUUGCUGGAAAACCUGCUGCCUGGAACCCUCUACCUGAUCAAGAUCUCGGCUUCCAAUGAAGUAGGAGAGGGCCCUUUCUCUAAUGCAGUGGAGCUGGCCGUUCACCCCAAGGAGACUGUGCACAACAGCAUAAAGUCAAGGCAGUUUAAUUCUGCCGACAGUCAAGAUUAUUUUUACCACCUGGACCAAAAAUCAAUGACUGGUAUUGUGGUGGGAGUAUGUAUUGCACUGACCUGCAUCGUCAUCUGUGUGCUCAUUCUGAUUUACCGCAGCAAAGCCAGGAAAGCAUCAUUGGCAAAGAUGGUUCAACAAGGAACAGAUAGAGUACCUCAUACUGCUGAUUCAGUACCUCAAGAGAGCCAAGAAAGGAAGACAAUGACCCAAAUGGAAGAAAAUGCAGAUCCCCUGAUAUCUGCUGUUGAGGCAAAUCACUACAUUGACACAAAGGGUGGUUCAGAUCUUAUUAUCAAUGGUUAUGGACGCACAGCGAAGAACAAAACAGGGAAAAAAUUGGUGUUUUUCAAACACAAAAAAUACCAGGUGGAACAGUCGAAAAGAAGAAUUGUUAAUAAGUCUUCUUGUAUUUAUCAACCUGGCACAACUGUACUGAUGGGAGAAGAUGUGUCUUCCACUUCCCCGGGUCAUCCUGGCACCUUCCAGAUGCGACACAGCAUAGCAGCAGACACUGAGCAUUCUGGGAACAGUGAGGAAAGCCACGAGACCAGUGAUUCUGGGCGGUACUCCCAUGAGUCUAACGAUGAAAUUAACCUGUACUCUGUUAUCAGUACCACUCCACCCACACCUGACUCAUUCAACCGUCACGAAUGUGGAAAGGACCCUGCCUUAAGCAAACAUUAAAAAGUGACCAGUGUUUAUCGCUGAGGAAAAUAGUUCUAAUGUUCCUCAGCUGUUCAUAUUCCCACAACGUUUCAAGAAGAGAUUCCCUUAAGCCAGAUAUGCCAGCCAUUAGUGUCUGUUCGAAGGACAAUGAAUGGAGCCUGAAAAACAAAUGAUUGUAGAAUCUGGUCUCUCUCAUCAAAUCUAUCACACUUCUCCUGCAGAAUGCUCUGUUGAGUAAAUCUAUUGACUGAAGGUUGGCUUGCUGGAUAGUGAAUGGAUCAGAAACUCUCCCGGUUUUAUGCCAUUUGUCUUUGUUCUUAAGGGACGUCAAGCAGUCCCUUUGAUUUAUGUCUACCUCAGCUGGUCUCAUGAUGAACUCCAUUUCGCUGCUUUACCUAUAUUUGUGUUUGUAUGUCUCCCCAGCCUUCAUCAGAAAUACUUCCUAAAUGUUUUUUUUUUUAAUUAUUAUUAUUUUAUGUGUUUGCUGUGUGAUGAAUGUGUUACUGAAGGAGUUGUAAAGGCAACACCGAUUAAUGGUCAUUUCUAAAGCUUUGUCAAAUGGCUGAUCAUGCCAUGAACCUCUACAUAAAUGAACUACUACCUCUGCUAAGAAAAAUAUCCUACAUAAAUGAACUACUACCUCUGUUAAGACAUAUCCUACAUAAAAGAACUACUACCUCUAUAAAUAAGGAUCCUGCAUAAAUGAACUACUACCUCUAUAAACAAGUAUCUAAGCAGUUUAAUCUACUCACUAUAAACUUAUAUACAAGUAUUUCCUGUAGGAUAACACUAAUAACUGUGCCUUCCAGUAUCUCAGUAACACAGAUCUGCCUUAUCUCAUAGAAUUCAGGACAUUACUCAGGAGUAUAACAAGAUGCCUUAAACCCCAGGACUUAAUUGGAAAAUGAUAAAAAGACACAUGCUUUUGUUUAACUUCUAUAAAAUCAUGUUUAUUUAGACAAUGGUCUAUGCUGAUCCAGUUAGCACUACAUAUCCACUCCACAUGUUGUUAAUGCUACUAACAAGUCAUUUAAAAAAAAUCUAUGAUUGUAACCUUUACAGCACGUUCUAUGUCAGAUCUAUGCUACAACACAUUGCUGACACCAAACUUAUCUAAUUUUUAUUACUUCCCUCCAAUUCACAAAUCUCGGCAACACUCAAAAAAGGUUGGGCGACGGUGUUGCGAUUCGCAGUGAAUUCCAUCAUCACAUCCGCUCAUCCUGCACAGUUUCAGUAGAAGUGAAUGGAAUGCAGGAUGGUGACCUGCUCUCCCAGGAGUAUGUGGGGACUCCCCAAAAUUAGGGAGUCUCUCGGAUGUUCUGGAGGAAUAGGCAUGCAUGAUUGACAGUCUGACUGUGGCACAAUGCUAUUUUGCUGCUGGGAACUGUAUCAAUCACCAUGUAGAUUACAUAGAACUACAUUUUAUUUUAUUAUUGCAUAUUAGAUACUGAAGUCUGUGAUUCUUUGUCACAUCCACAUAUUUCCACCAAACCUCAGGGAUCCUUUCACUGCUAGUCAGUGCAUGGCAUGAAAACCCACAGCUGAAGUGUUCAAGUUUGGUUGAAUGUCAAGCAGAGUCCAAGUAAAAGUGUUACUAAAUGACUAUUAUCGCCUGGUGCCUUUACAAUUCCUGACUUAUACUACCUCUUUUAAAAUUGAUGUAUGUGUUAAUUUCCUGGACUCAGGGAAUAGUGUGUUUUUGUGUUUGUACCCCAUAAAUAAAUGGGGCAAAUGUGACAGGGUAUCACGCUUAUUUUUAGUUUUGAAAGGAAAUGAAGUAGGUUACUUAGUUAAUCAGUUGCUUACAUUAUGAAUAUGUAUCGGUCACCUACACACAGUGGAACAGACAUUAUGGGGGAUAGUCAAUUGUUUGAAGAGUCGGUUGGGUGUCUGUUUUCUCCUGUCUAUUAGAUAGGAAAAAACAGACACCCAACUGAAUUUUCAAACAAUUGAAUUCCGCCCUAUGUGUACUGAAUCAGUAUAUAGCUCACUUGGAACCUCAUGCUCUAAUGCUGAAAGGCGUCGGUGUCAUAAAAAUUGGUUCAGCUGACAUUAUGGUCUUGUGAGUAGGUGACAGGAAAACUGUAAUAUAAGGCCUACUUCAUGUUUGUAUGUAAUGCCGAUGUUCACGCAACUGAGCGAUUUUCGGUGCUGACAACACGUGCAAUGCAAUCGCACUGCACGCACGCCAAGGUACCUUUGUGAUGCCUCUCUGUGAGAUUUUUAACAGAGUGAUUGACAGAAAGGGACCUAUUGGGGGAGGUAGCGGGGGAGCGGCUGCAAAAAUGCAGGCUUAUCAUGUCCGAUCUUGAGGUGUGUAUCUGCCUUCAGCUUUGAUCAUGUACGUAGAGAAACAUGGCACCAGCGCCACUACUGCCAAGGCCAGCCUCCGUGACCACAGACUCAGUCAGGGAGUCGAUGUUCCUCGAUAUUGCAUCGGUGCUGCGUGUGUGUACGCAGUUGCUGAAGACUUUGUGAUAGCUCCGGUGGGCAUUUGUAUUCUUUUCUGGGCGACAGCUUCACUUGUGAUGAUAAGCAAGUCCCUAGCCUGAAAAUCUCAGCUGCGUAGGUAUGUGUGUACAAACAUGAACUAGGCUCAUAGUCUUCAAAAUGAAAUCAUAUUGUACCAAAGAUUGUGCUUUACUUUGUAAGAGAGAAAAUAUUAUUUUUCCAAAAGUUAAAACAAGUAUACUAUUUUGUUUUUGGCAGAUGUGCCAAGUAGUAUUAGUGAUUGUAUUAGUGCAUUGAUGAUAUAUACAAUCUGCUUUCCAGACUACCUUAGACUUUAAAUAGUCAUGUCCAAAAUCUUCCAAGUUCCCAUUUUAGUAUUUAGCUACUAGCUCUUUAUUAUAACAGUAUUAGAUUACCUAUUUUUGAACAAAUUGCUUUAUAUGCUACGGAAGAAAACUCUAACCAAAGAUUUCUUUUUGAGUCUUGUCUUGCUGAUUGUUUAGCUUAACAGGAACAUCUCUAAUUAGUAUAAAAGUUUACUUUAUAGUGAGUUGUUUGUACACGCUAAACAGGUAAUAUGCCGGAGUAACCAAAACCCUUACACCUUUAGUGAGUUAUCCUGUGAGAUAGGCAUGUUAAUGGGAAUUAUGUGCAGUUGUCUUUUAUGUCAUUUGCUUUGCGUUAUCAGCCAAAUAUGUCCGCUAUAUAGGAAACAUGUAAGACUUUUGUAUACAUCAGUUAUUGAUAAAUGAAAACAACAAACCAACCAUAGUUUGGAAAUAGUUUUGAAAGAUUAUUGAAGGAAGACAUAACCCUAUUUCCCUGCAUUAAUAAGUUAGGAUUGUCCAGCAAUAUCUUGAAGAGACAUUGGUCCUUACAGCCUUACAGUCUCUCAGAUAACAGACAAACGAUCAAAUCCGCAUAUAUGGUAUCGCUAAAUACAGCAAAGGUUGGUCACUUGUUGCCCUAAAUGUUUGCUUUCUUAAGUUAAUUUAAGAUAUUAGUUGUAUGUCUUUAGCCAGUGGUAUAUAACAAUGCUGUUACAGCUACUGUAUAUUAGAAGUGCUUUAUGGAACUGGAAGACCCUAGCACAGGUACAAGCUAUUGAGGAGAGAUGAGGUUCAUCAUUGCACCUCACCCUGGGGCAUUGUUAUAUUAAAACAAAGCAGAGCUGUUGUUUGUAAAACCAUUGAGAUAAUAUCAGUUUUGUUGUAUAUGGUGGCAGCUGUUCCAACAAGGUCAGGUUAACUUCAAUUGUACAUCCAUAUGAAUAAUCCAGUAAUAUUUUAUGUUGUGCUGCUGAAUUUCCAUUCAUUUUCCUUUCUUGGCUAACGCUUAAUACCAAAGAUAUUUAUGGUUACUCCGGCAUAUUAUGCAGCUGAUAAGGCUUUUAAAUGAUGUUUUACUCUAUGGUGUCUUUGCUAAAGCUCCAAAGGAAUGAGUUGACAUUACAAUGCAAAACAAAAUGUAGUGUGCGUUGUAAUUCCAGUUUGUAUAACAAGCUGCAGUUUACUUUUUAGUAUGUUUUACUAUACAUGGUUUAGAUUUAUAUACUGAUCAGCACUGCCCCCACAGAUGGAAACCACAUCAUUUUGGUAUUUGUAUUGUGACUCUUCUCUUGAGUAAUGACAUCUCUCUGUUGUAUUGUAUUUACUGCUGUGAUGUUUUUUUUCCCAUUGAAUUUUAUAUAUGAAGAUGUUUUGUAUAUGUAUAUAUUUAAUGUACAUGUUAUUUCCAAUACUCGUUCAAUAUUCUAUCAGAGCUGGGGGAGACCUUGCCUAUAGCAUCAGCAGGUGUUACCCCUAAUUACAGUAUUAUAAUAGACAGGAUGUCUGACUGCAAGGUAGUGACUGCACGACUGCUUUGUAUUUCUAUGCACAAAGCAUAUGAAUAUGCUCAAUUGUAAUUAUGAUUAUUUACCCCACAACCCUACAUUGUCUUAUUGACCUCAAAAUCCAUAGAACAUGCAUAUACCUAUUUUGAUUGUGCAUUUAGAGAAAUGCAAAGAAGACAGGACUAAAAAGAAAAAAAUGUGGACUUGACUACGUAUUAAGAGUUGCCAGAAAUGAUCUGUCAGAAAUAUCUGCAGUAAUAUAUUACAGACAUCUACAGAUGAUGUUGGCCAUUUAUCUAUUUAGGCGAUCUUGUUUGUGACAGAUAUGAAGGUGAAAAAAUGUAUAGAUUGCAUUAAGGUGUGUAUUGUAAUCUCUUGCUAUGUGUUUCGUGGUCAGCUCAGAAAUUUGCCUAAGUCACUGAAAUGGUAUGUUGUUGGCUUCUCUGUACAGUAUACAGACUCCAGGCAUUGUUUCCCAUAACAGAUUUAAUCACCAGUGAGAUAAUGACCUACUCCAGCAUUUAUAAUACUUUAUUCAAUACAAUUGAAGGGGGUGGUUCUGAAUUUGGAGCAAAAGCAAAAAUACAAAACAAAAACAAGUAACUUUGCACCUUGAUAAAACCAUGUUGCACUGCUAGUAAGGGAGCUUUACAAUGUGCAAGGGGAUUUAGGGGGCAUACACACGGUGGCAAUUUUUGCCUAUUUUGUAAGUGAUCUGUCUAGAUUGCUUAGAAAUUAAGCAUGGAACGCUCUGUGUGUAUACCCCAUAGCGAUGGUAAUGCACGGUCCUGCGCACCGCCAUCGCCCGCUCAGAUCUUUAGCACAUGCAGGCAAGAUCCAGUUAGAUCGCCUGGCAUGUGCAUAAAGAACACUGGUUAGCACAGAUUGCUCAGCACACCUAGAUCUCACAAGUUGCCCCGUGUGUAUGCCCCCUAUGAUUUGGGAACGUCACGUCCAAACGCAUGUAAAUUGCAGUGUGAAAAUAAAGUAUUUGUAGGCUACAUGCAAAAGCGGCCAGUAUUUACCCUGCAAGUAAAAAUAAUAAAUGUACUGGCACCCCUUGAUUUGUCCCGGUGCAAAGUUAUUUGCCUUUUUACCACCUCUCAUUGUGGAUCAGAGAACUAUGGGUACAUUUACUAAAGCUUCUAUAAAUGAAAAAUGUUGAUGUUGCCCAUAGCAGCUUUUGUCUAUCAUUUCUAUAUUGCAUUCUAGACAAUGACAGACUGAAUUUGUGUGGUUGCUAUGGGAAACAUCACCACUUUUCAUUUUUAGAAGCUUUAGUAAAUAUACCCCCCAGUGCCCAGUUCUGUUACAGGAAUAGGGAAGCAUACAUGAAGUGUAAGUUGAAACUCUAAUUCAAUGCUAGCCUCCAAAACCUGUAGCAAACUAGAUUUUAGUGAAAUACCUGUUUGACCACAUGUGGUUCUUGACAAAGCCGACAGUGUUUUCAUUUUUGUGUAUACAAACAACCUCACCCAGCAAGAUAUUUUUCAUUCUAUUUGCUUUGUGAAAUGUUAGGAGAGGCUUCACAUAUCCAUGUAGAGAAGCUGCUGGUUUCAGAACACCUUAUUUUGUAAUUGAAAUAUGUUAUCAAUUUCAUAUUAUAUUAGAUGGGACUUUGCUUUUUAACAGUUAUAUAUAGCAUUCUAAUUACCACUAAGGCUGAAUCUAUGGUUAAAAAAGAAAGCAUAACAUACAUAUGGUGGUAUCCUAUUAUGCUUAGAAGAUCACCGGGGGCUAUCCUAUAAGCCCCAAUGCCGGCACUUAUGAGGAUUAUGCUUCGGUUGCUGCAAAAUCCGCAAUAAGGGGCUGCCAUAGCCGCAGUAACACAUGGGAUCACGGAUCCAAUUUUGGCCUAUCAAAACAGUCUCUAAUUGAAUACUGCGAUAAUGACCAUCGGUCAUACAUUGUGAUAGCCGGCUGUUGAUCGACCGAAGCAGGCAUCAGGGCUAAUAGGAUACCACCUACAGCUGCAGAUUUCUGAUACACUGUAUUUUCAUAGCUGUAUUGUCUUAUGCUUGUAUUCAUGUAAUGUGUCAUGUAACUAUUUGUUAAUAUAUAUAUAUAUAUAUAUAUACACAAGAAAAAAAAAAACUUUAUCACGCGCUUAAAUGUUGAAGCAGCACCUCGCAGUAGAACCCCUGUCCGUUAAGGAAUGUACCAUGGAUAAUUUUCUCUUUAUGGACUGUAUUUGGACAAUUAUGUGUUUCUAGCGCCCUCUGUAAUUGUGUAGGCCUAAGUAUACAAGUAAUCAGUCACAAGGGUUAUUAAAUGACUAAUACCAUUUUCAGAAUAUUAUUAGCUAAUAGCCUGCCUUUUUACGGCACAUGAUGUUGGCAGAUAAAUGCUUGUGUCAGAGUUGCCUCUAUACCUCAUGUUUUAUCUGAUUUUUGGCUAGAUGUCUCUAUCUGUAUAUGGCAUUAGUGAUGGAUUUCCUUAAAAAGUCCAAUGUCACUAUGCCAUUUAAAGCAGAAUAUCACAACCUUUUUGUGACAUUAAUGUAUAAAUCAAUGUAGGCAGCUAGAUGCUUAGGGAGCACCUUUAUCAUGUAUUAUCUUUUUAACAGUGCCCCCUAAAGAAUGUAAAUGUAUUCCAAAAAUCCCAGAAUGUGUAUAAAUGUUGUUUUUUCCCCUAAUACCCGGUUCUGAUUAGUUUUAAAACAUGUUCGUCUAAUUGAAUUGCCCCCAUGAAGUACCAUGUUCUAAAAAUACUACCUGUACUACUAUGUGAACUAACUAAUUGGAUUGUGGAAAUAAUGUGGCAUUAUGUAUAUAGAUUAUAUACUAGCUUAAAGUGUUUUAUUAAGACCUCCUUAAAUUAAAAUGCGUAUAUAUAAACAUUUUAUACAUAGAAUCAUUAUACAUAAGGGUAUAUAUAUACAACAUUUUUAUAUAUAUAUAUAUAUAUAUAUAUAUAUAUAUAUGUGUGUGUUCCUUUUUCUUACAUCGCUGCUUUUUUCUUUCCUAUCCUCUUUACGUAAAGGGGUGACAAUGGUAUUGCUGUACUGUAGAGGACAGAGCUGAUUUAGUUUUGUACGGAUCUCAGGGGAUCAGUUUUGUCACUCUAUUGUUGUGUACCUGAUGUUCUCCUUGAAUUGUGAAUGUAACUCAGAUUUCCUACUUUAAUGUAGUAUUGUUGAAUAUUGUGUUCAGUUAAAAAAAAAAUCUAUUCUUUUAGAAAAUGAUUUUUUGUCUAUCAACUUUGUUUUUUUUGUUUUGUUUUUUUUAUUUGGAUUUUUGUCUUAUGGUUUAUUUUAUAGGAGUAAUAAUGUGCUCUAUAAGUCUUGCCAAAAAUUAUAGUUGUUGGAUUGCCAAAUGUUUAUGUUUCUACUGUGUUAACAGUCAAAAUAUCAGUGUGUUGCACAGUUCAAAUAAAGAUUUUCUUAAUUAAA